GGGCCUUGUCUGAAUGACAGCCAGAAAUACCUGUCUCUCUCUCUGUUUCUCUGCAAAGCAAGAAUCUGAAAUCUCUCCUCCUCUUCCUUCCAACAAUCAUCAAUCAGACAGUGCAUGGCAGCAGCCAGAUUGUCAAGGCAUGAGAUAUCAGAUCUGUGUCUUGGGAAGCCGGCGCUGAGGUCCCUCUCGGUGAGCGACACCGUAGGCGACGCCCUCGCGGCCCUCAAGGGGAUCGACGACGCCUACGUCAGCGUCUGGACCUGCAACCACUCCUUCCUCAGGAACCAGAAGGAGAAGGAGAAGGAGAAGGAGGAGAUUGGGAAAUGCAUCUGCAUCGCUAAGGUGUGCAUGGUGGACAUGAUAUGCUUCCUCUCCAAGUCGCAGAGCCUGUGCGCCCCUCUCUCGGCCCUCAUCCCGGAGUGCUCCCCCCUGGUGCGCCACCUGGCCCCCACGGCCACCAUAGUGGAGGCCAUAGAUGUCAUGUACGAAGGGGUGCACAACCUCGUCAUCCCAAUCCAAAACAAGUACCCAACAGAAUCAGACACGCUCCACGCCAACAACACCGCCUACUGCUGGCUCACGCAAGAGGACGUCUUCCGCUACCUCCUCAACUCCAUCGGCGUCUUCUCCCCCACGCCCUGUAACCCCAUCAACACCCUCGCCAUCAUCGACACGCACAACCUCUUCGCCGUUGCCCACGACGACCCCGCCUCCUCCGCCCUCGACCUCCUCGCCCUCUCCCUCCUCUACCAGAGCUCCGUCGCCCUCCUCGACCCCCACGGCAAGUUCCUCGGGGAGAUCUCCCCCUUCCGCCUCAACUCCUGCGACGAGGGCGUCGUCCCCGCCUUGGCCGUGCUCUCCGCCGCCGACUUCACCUCCUUCAUCCACUGCGGCGGCCCCCCGGAGGACCUCCUCCACCUGCUCAGGGACACCCCGCCCACCGCCCUCUCCUCCUUCUCCUCCACCGGCUCCGACGACGACGACUACUGUUUCUCCGGGAAGAACUGGAAGGCCGGAGGGUACUCCGGCAGGGCGGCCAGGCGCUCCGAGGCCAUCGUCUGCUACCGCUGGAGCUCCCUCGUGGCCGUCAUGAUUCAGGCCCUGGCGCAUCGCGUCAGCUACGUGUGGGUCGUCGAGGACGACGGAACCUUGACGGGGAUCGUUACUUUUCAGGGAAUGUUGAAGGUUUUCAGAGACCACCUCAAAUCCAUGUGCUAACAUGCACCCACCCACUCCUUUCUUCUAGAUAACAUAACAUAGCAUCCACUUCUCAGCACCCACAAUCACAAACCAUUUUUGUUCUUUCUUUUUACAUUUAAAUAUUGGAAUGGAAACCCGUCACCUGUACACAGAUGCCAGGAGAGGAGAGAAACAUGAUUCUGCAAAAAAGAGAGAGAGAGAGAGAGAGAGGAAAAAAAAAAUUUGAAACCACAAAUGUUACCCAGGUAUCUGCAAAAUUUGGCUGUUUCAAUGUUGUUAUUCUUAUUAAAAUUAACUUAGUUUCCAAAAAA